GCCGAAGGUGCCGGAAGUGACUGUGCAUUUCCGGCGGCCCGGCCUCACUGUUUCUGUUGCGCUUCAGAGUCACCGCGCGGUCUUUCCCGCUGACACCCUCCCCUCACCCGGCCCGGCCAUGAAGGACGUACCGGGUUACCUACAGCAGAGCCAAAGCUCGGGGCCCGGCCAGGCCGCCGUGUGGCACCGCCUGGAGGAGCUCUACAACAAAAAAUUGUGGCACCAGCUGACUCUACAGGUCCUGGACUUUGUACAGGAUCCCUGUUUUGCCCAAGGAGAUGGACUCAUCAAGCUAUAUGAGAACUUUAUCAGUGAAUUUGAACACAGGGUGAAUCCUUUGUCCCUUGUAGAAAUAAUUCUUCAUGUAGUGCGGCAGAUGACAGAUCCUAACGUGGCGCUUACUUUUCUGGAAAAAACCCGAGAAAAGGUGAAAAGCAGUGAUGAAGCCGUGAUUUUAUGUAAAACAGCCAUCGGGGCCCUGAAAUUAAACAUUGGUGACCUACAAGUCACAAAGGAAACCAUUGAGGAGGUUGAGGAGAUGCUAAAUAAUCUUCCUGGUGUGACAUCUGUUCACAGCCGCUUUUAUGAUCUCUCCAGCAAAUAUUAUCAGACAAUUGGGAAUCAUGCCUCUUAUUAUAAGGAUGCAUUAAGGUUCCUGGGCUGUAUAGAUGUCAAAGAUCUGCCAGUGGCAGACCAACAGGAAAGAGCCUUUACUUUAGGGUUGGCAGGACUCCUCGGUGAAGGAGUCUAUAAUUUUGGCGAAUUGCUUAUGCAUCCAGUGCUGGAGUCUUUGAGAGACACAGACAGACAAUGGCUGAUUGACACACUUUAUGCCUUCAACAGUGGGAAUGUGGAAAAAUUCCAGGCUUUGAAGUCAGCAUGGGGUCAGCAGCCAGACCUAGCUGCAAAUGAAGCUCUUCUCCUGCAGAAGAUCCAGCUGCUCUGCCUCAUGGAGAUGACUUUCACCCGACCAGCUAAUCACAGGCAACUCACUUUUGAGGAGAUUGCUAAAAGUGCCAAAGUCACUGUAAAUGAGGUGGAACUGCUAGUGAUGAAAGCCCUUUCUGUAGGUUUGGUAAAGGGCAGUAUUGAUGAAGUGGAUAAAAAGGUUCACAUGACUUGGGUCCAACCACGGGUGUUGGAUUUACAACAGAUAAAAGGCAUGAAAGACCGCCUGGAGUUCUGGUGCACAGAUGUGAAGAGCAUGGAAAUGUUGGUAGAACACCAAGCCCAUGACAUCCUGACAUAGAGGACCUUGCACUGGCUGUGGGAGUAUCUUGUACUGUUGCUGAAACUGGCGGUGCCCUGACCACUGACUCUGUACUGAAUUCUAUUAAAAGGGGGGCUAGGGGAGGAGGGGAAGAACUGCUUUUUCUGAUGCUUGUACAGAGGACUAAGUGGCCUUUGCUGUGUAACCCUUUGGUGCUUGGAGUCGGGAAUUCCCUCCUAUGCGCUAGCGUUUGAUUAACACUCUCCCCAGGAAGCUCCCACCCUGCUGCCACCGAAGGGGGGAGUGAAGGAAUUUAAUGAUGGACUAAUCUGUCUUGGUGUGACACUGUUGUGCAGCAAAUACUAGGGGGCUAUGCACUAAUACUGUGGAGGAGGUCACUAGACCGACGGGGUGGCAGCAAAACUGCCAUCUUGUACUUU